UGGUAGGUCAUGAUGGCUGAAAGUGGAUGGCAUGGAUGAAAAUAAUCAGACAUUUGUUUCCGGAUUCCUUCUUUGGGGACUUUCUGGAUACCCAAAGACUGAGAUCAUUUACUUUGCUCUUAUUCUGGCUAUGUACCUAGUGAUCCUAACUGGCAAUGGUGUUCUGAUCAUAGCAAGCAUCUUUGAUGCCCGUCUCCACACACCCAUGUACUUCUUCCUGGGCAACCUCUCUUUUCUGGAUAUCUGCUACACAACUUCCUCUGUUCCCUCAACUCUGGUGAGUCUAAUCUCAAAGAAAAGAAACAUUUCUUUCUCUGGUUGUACAGUGCAGAUGUUCUUUGGACUUGCAAUGGGAUCGACAGAAUGUUUCCUUCUUGGCAUGAUGGCUUUUGAUCGAUAUGUGGCCAUCUACAACCCUUUGAGAUACUCUGUCAUCAUGAGCAAAGGAGUGUAUGUAUCAAUGGCAUCUGUAUCAUGGUUCUCUGGUGGAAUCAAUUCAGUCGUGCAAACAUCCCUUACAAUGCGGUUGCCUUUCUGUGGGAAUAAAGUUAUCAAUGGUUUUACAUGUGAGGUAUUACCUGUCCUCAAGCUAGCUUGUGCUGAUAUAUCUCUCAAUAUCAUUACCAUGAUGAUAUCAAAUAUGGCCUUCCUAGUUCUUCCACUAUUGGUCAUCUUUUUCUCUUACAUGUUCAUCCUCCAUACCAUCUUGAGAAUGAAUUCAGCUACAGGGAGACGCAAGGCAUUUUCCACCUGCUCAGCUCACCUGACUGUGGUGGUCAUAUUUUAUGGAACCGUUUUCUCUAUGUAUGCAAAACCCAAGUCCCAAGAUCUGACUGGAGAAGACAAUUUUCAAACUUCUGAUAAGAUCAUUUCUUUAUUUUAUGGAGUAGUUACCCCCAUGCUCAACCCAAUCAUCUAUAGCUUGAGGAAUAAGGAUGUUAAAGCUGCUGUAAAGUACAUACUGAAACAAAAGUAUAUUCAAUAA